GGGGGGGGGAGACUCGGCGGCGCUGAGCGCGGUGGCCGCCCGGGCAGAGCCGGCGCGCGGCGUGCAGAGCGGGCGCCUCACGCCCCGGCCUCGCGCGCCGCCCCGCGCGCGCCAUGAAGCACAUCCCCGUGCUCGAGGACGGGCCGUGGAAGACCGUGUGCGUGAAAGAGCUGAACGGCCUCAAAAAACUCAAGCGAAAAGGCAAGGAGCCGGCGCGGCGCGCGAACGGUUAUAAAACUUUCCGAUUGGACUUGGAAACCCCCGAGCCCGGCGCCACCGCCACCGACGGGCUCCGGGCUAGGACUCCGCGGCUGCAGCCCGUCCCGAUCCUGGCCGCCCUGCCGGCCCCGGUGGCGCCCGCCGCUCUUCCAGGUGGGGGCGCAGAGACUCCCGGGGAGCGCCGGGGCGCCCGAGUGCCCGAGGGCUCGGACGCGCGGAAGCACGGUGUUGCCCUGGGCACCGUGGGACCCGGGCUCCCCACGCCGCCGCCGCCGCCUCCGGCGCCGCAGGGCUCCGCACCCGGAGGUCCCGAGGCUCAGCCUUUCCGAGAUCCCGGCCCGCGUCCCCGCAUCUUGCUGUGCGCACCACCCGCGCGCCCCGUGCAGUCUGCGCCUUCCGCACCCCCGGCACCCCCGGAAUCCUCCGUGCGCCCCGCGCCCCCCACGCGCCCGGGGGAAAGUUCCUACUCCCCAAUUUCACACGUCAUUUACAAUAACCACCCGGAUUCUUCUGCGUCGCCUAGGAAACGGCCAGGCGAAGCCACCGCCGCCUCCUCGGAGAUCAAAGCCCUGCAGCAGACCCGGAGGCUCCUGGCGAACGCCAGGGAGCGGACGCGGGUGCACACCAUCAGUGCCGCCUUCGAGGCCCUCAGGAAGCAGGUGCCAUGCUACUCAUAUGGGCAGAAGCUGUCCAAACUGGCCAUCCUGCGGAUCGCCUGUAACUACAUCCUAUCCCUGGCACGACUGGCUGACCUCGACUACAGUGCCGACCACAGCAACCUCAGCUUCUCAGAGUGCGUGCAGCGCUGCACCCGCACCCUGCAGGCCGAGGGGCGAGCCAAGAAGCGCAAGGAGUGACAAGUGAUGGACGAGAUGGAGGACCUUGCCCGCGGGUCACUUCCCAGCCAGGCUUGAGGAGAAGGGGGGGCCUGCCAAGCCAGCCUGGUUCGAUGCCUUCUCCACGAUGCCACCAGAUGCUCAGUCGGCCCCCUGCCUCUCAGGGUCACGGAGGACAGGAGCAGCCCGCCUCCCUCCCCUCCUCCUGCCCUCACCCAGCCACGCUGUGGUUAUUCUGCACUUCGCGCUCUGCCUGGUGGGGAGAGAGAGCUCAGCUGCAGAAGUUUAUUGCCAAAGAUUCUUACAGAGAUGCUACACAAAAUGGGGGGAUGAACCCCAGCAGCAAAAAGCCACGUAGUCCCAUGAAUUCAGUUUCUCUGGUUGUCCUUGUUGCAUCCCAAGCCAAAGAUGAGCCAGUACUUUCACCCGGAACUCAUGCAAGGAAUGAACAUUUGGUGGCCAAUCACAAGCCUCCUUGGGACCAUGGGAAGGAGAUUGGGUGGGUGGGUGGGGGUGCCUGGCUGCCUAAGUGUCUGACUCUGAUUCUUAAAGUUCCCAGGGCCCAGGCUCCUAUUUGGGCCUUGAGUAUCAGAGACGGGAGUAAGAGGGGAAAAGAAGCAAUAUUGCCACCCCCCUCCCCAAGGAUUUGCCCCAAGGCAACCUGCCUAAAGAUCUUUGUUCCAGAGCUCAGAUCCUGCCAGCUGCCUCUCGCCAGUAUUCCCACUCAGCUGAUGCAACUGGGCCAACAAGAUGGCACCCUGCUGGAGGCCGGUGGUCUAUGGCAGGAUGGGUAGAAGGGCAGAGGGAGGAAGGGACCAGGGAAAUGGGCCAGUAUGUGGAGGAGGGGCGCGUUCAAAACCAAGGCCUGCUCCUUCCUUGUACUCCAAAGGCCAAAGCUGUUCAUAUCUGUGCUCAACCAUCUGCUUCAAAUUGAAGUAAAAGCCCCACAUGUAAAGGAAAUGCUUGUAUUGAAUGAACUCACUAUGUGACCAGGUCUCCGGCUGAUCACUAGCUGGCGAGUUUUGAAGAAGGAGGCUGGUGUCUAUCUAGAGGUUGAGAGUCCUGUUGUUGUUAAUCCUGCAUCCAGACAACGAAGCUCCAAAGAGACAAGGCUAGAGAGU